GUAAUUUGGCACCUAACUUACCAUAACGAUUCUUCUAAAUUUCCCGCAACCCUCACAUGUCACAACACACUAGACAGACAGAGAGAGAGGUGCCAAAUCCCACUAAACUAACCCAAAGUUGCGCGAAACCCAUUGACCCAUCCAAUCUAAUCUAAUUGACACACCUUUUCUUGUUGUUGCUUGUUUCUUCUCCCUCGGAUGCUCUUUCUAAAUGCCAUUUCUUUUUCCCUCUUUGCAGACCUGAAGGUGUAUGUCCUUUUUUGUACAAGCACAAGAACCACUGGAUGGUGGCUUAAUCAAGAAUUUUCUUCCUUCACAUGCCUGAUUUUUAUUUUUCCUGCAGCCUAGAAAAAGAGCUGUGUUUUACUGUCCUGAAAAAAGGGUAUCUUGGAAAUUAAGUGAGUAUAACUAGGACUAAACUGGAUGUCUGAUAAUUUGAUGGAUGAUAUGGUGAUGGAUCUGGAUUUGAACCAAGAGCCUUUGGACCCAUCUUCUGGUUCAACUUUAGGAUUAGGGUCUUUGUUGAGUGAUUUAGAAACUGCUCACAGUAGGAUAGAGGAGAGAAUUAGGCAGCUUGAAGCUGUCACUGCUAGAGCUUUGCAGCGCCAUAGGUGGCGUCAGGCUCGGACUACUUCUGAUAAUGGUAAUAUUUCGGUUGACGGGGCAGUCAAUGUGGAUAGUGAGAUGCAAGGUCAGAAUAGGGCGAGCAGUUUGGAUAAUGUGGAAAGGACUAUUGGAUGCAAAAGGGAUAGUUCCCAUUUGGUAGCAAAGGCAUUAGAGAUGGAUGUAGUGGUUAAUAAGGUAGAUGACGAUGGUGGGAGCUUUUUCGACUGUAAUAUAUGCUUGGAAAUGGCGAAAGAACCUGUCUUAACCUGUUGCGGCCACCUAUAUUGCUGGCCGUGCUUUUAUCAGUUACCUUAUGUUGAUUCAACUACAAAGGAAUGUCCUGUCUGCAAGGGAGAGGUUGCAGAUGCAAAUGUUACUCCCAUUUAUGGUAAUGGGGAUGGUGAAAGCAUAACAGAAUUGGAGUCUGGUCUGAAAAUACCACCACGGCCAAAGGCACGUCGAAUAGAGAGUGCUAGACAGCAGCGUGUAACUCAGGGUUUGUCUCACAUCCCGGUUGCAGAAGCACUAAGGAGAAUUAGGACUAGUAUUGGAUUGCAACAGGACAGUGGUGGAGUUAAUUUGAGUUUUGGGAGCAACUCUCAUGUGUUGCAAAAUGCUGAUACCUUAAGCAGUAGGAGACUACGUUCCCGUCUUUUUUCAAGGGUGUUGUCAGAAGGUGCUGCGUCUCUUUCAUCAGAGUUAGAUAAUGCACAACGGAUGUUUGAGGAUCUUGCAGCAUCACUCACUGAUCGGCUUCUCCAAAGAAGUACUAAUGCGGAUGUUCUACCAGCCCAUCAUGGAGCAACAGGCGACGGUGAUUCUUUCAGAAGAGAUGCUGCUCUCAUCCAGUCCAAUUUAGGGACGGGUUCCACUGCAUCUGUUCCGUCCUCUUCUCAAGCAAAUGAAGUUUCUGACACUGCUGGUCAGUUGGAAAACCUUACAACUGAUACUGGUAAUCUGCCUGCGAUUCGAUCUUCCUUGGCUUCCAGGAGAAGAAACAUUUUGUCAAGGCUUUCUGAUGUAGAUUUCCGUGAAUCUAGAAGGAGAAGAUUGAAUUGAUGGCCUUUGAAUGAACAGGGUAUAGUUUCCCAGUUCUUCUCUCUCCUCAAUUAUGUCACUUUCAUUGCAUUGUGUUAUCGCCAACUCUAAAGCGGCUUGGGUAGAAACAAUUCCCAAAUAUCAAACAAAGUAUCAGCAUUGCCCCUAACUCCUGUUGGAAGUUUAUAUCUACAUCAUAUUUAGCUUCUUCUAGUUUUGGAAUUCAUUAGCAUGGUGAUAUUGCUUGGUAGGAGGCUUCCUCAACAAACAAUCAACUCUCGCUGCAUGUAUUAGGUACUUUUGUCAAGAACCAGUAUGAAUUCUAUCUACUUGUUCUCUACACAUUUGAUUAACGUUCAUGAUUGUACAAUGGAAACUCCAAUUUGUUAAAUGUUAUUUUGGUUUUCUACUU